GAUUGUGAUGUGACAUAACUUGUGGACAUAACCUAUAAAAAUAUAAUAAAGAGAGUUGUUUCAUCUAAAAUUAUAAAUAAAAUUUCCAGAAGUAUAAAAAAUCAAAUAAAAAUUAAUAUGAUAUCUAGAUUCGGUUAUAUAAUUAACUUAUUAAAGGCGCUAGAAAGGAAUGUAUUACAUAGCUUUGGUCAUCCUCCGAGAGAAUUAGCCAUAGUACAGAUUUAUGAAAGACAGAGUUCAAACCCUCCUAAAAAGUUUUCUAUAAAGGAUAUCAUUGGAGAUGGCAUGUUGCUAGCUGUUCCUAAAUUUAGAAGAACAAUUGAAAAGCGCUGGAAAAGGAAAUUUGGAUCACCAGAAUAUGUAUGGAAAAUGCUUGUGCCCAAAACAAAUAUCAAAGUAUGCCAGGAUUGUGGCCAUCAUCAUGAGCGAGGACGCCUCUGUGGUAAUUGAGGGACUUUUUUUAUAAAAAUUGAACAUAUUAAUUGACAAGAGCUGUGUGUAGACAGAAACUCGAAUCAUCAUAAUUAUCUCAAUAAGUAAAAGACCUUAAAGAUGACACUAAAUCUCUAUUCAUAUGAAAAUUCACUGUUGAAUUUUUUUUAUAUCAUUACAUGAAAAGGCUUAUUAUUUUUAGUCUUCUUGAGUUGACAUUUUAUAAAUUCGUUAUUAUAUUUAUCUGAAAUAAUAAACAAAAAUUAACAUAUAUUAUACACAAUAAAAUCUACAAAUACCUAAUUUAAUGAUCAUGUAAAUUAUAGAGUAGUAAAGCCAUGCUGGGUCACAUUAUAGCUGCUGCACAAAUAAGUCGGCUCGACCAGGAAAGGAACACGCCGUCAUAGAAAACGAGCAAAAAAUAGCAGCAUAAUGAUGAUGUGUUUUGUAUGGGGAGUGACGCACCUGCAUUUUGAUUCUUAACUGAUGAUAGAUGUCGGUGUCCAUGGCCAUCUAUUUACAUUCAUAUUUUAAAUGUGCUAGAGCCAUACUGCAACUAUAUUAUUGUAGUUUCAGCACGAAUGGGUCAGCUCAACCGGGAAAGAAUCACUCUUUUACUUGUUUUAAAAGAAGGAGCAAACAAGCAUGCGGCUUAUCUGACGAUAAGUUACUACCGUUGCUCAUGAACAACUGCAACAUCGGGAGAGAUGCAGAUGCGUUGCCGGCCUUUUAAAAAGAGUAGGCUCUUUUCUUGAAGGUCCCUAAGUCGUAUUAGUCUGGAAAAAUCGUUCCACAAGUAGUCGAUUCAACAAGGGAGUUGUGCAAGGAAGAAAACUUCUAGUAAACCGCACAGUGCUGGACCACCAAUCAUCCAGAUGGUAUUGAGAAUUUUGUCGCGAUGUGCGGUGGUGAAAUUCCCCUUGCAUUCGGUGCACUCCCCGUGGUAGAUGCGAUAGAAUAUGCAAAAAGGUGCAACAUUUCUUCGCAGCGCCAGUGAGUCAAGGCGAUCAGAAAGAACGUCGACGUUCCGGUCUUUUUUUUUAAAAAAAGUUACCCCUACACUAGGAUUUUCUCCUGUAUCGUGGAGGCAGUUUACAAACAUAAAUUGCACAAGGGCAAACAUGCAGACCCGAACCGAUUAUUUGUAAGCCUUACAAAUACUUGUUCCGUGCGGGAUUUGAAACCGCGGCCCACAGCGCAGGAACUCAUUGCUCAGUCAUUGCGCCACGAGCCGUAGCUCUGCGCUAGAUGCGGUCAAGUCAAGUGGAAGGAGCUGGCACUGGGGUGCUCUGGCCCAGAGAUGAGAACAGUAUUUCAUGUGAGGCCGAACUUGCGCCUUAUAAAGUUUCAAACGGUGUGGCGGUAUGAAAUCCCGUUGUACAAAGCACGCCGAGCUUUUUAGAGGCUAUUUUGGCCUUCCCUUCCAAGUGACCGCGGGACUAUCUUUCGUCAUUCGAUAUGUCGAAGCUGAGGAUUCCGAUGCUUUCUUUUCUUUAAAAAAAAACUUUACCUACACUAGGAUUUUCUCCUGUAUCGUGGAGGCAGUUUACAAACACAAAUUGCACAAGGACAAACAUUCAGACCCGGAACAAUUGUUUAUAGGCGAUACAAAUACUUGUUCCGUGCGGGAUUCGAACCCGCGCCCCCCAGCGCAGCAAUUCUUUUUAACGGUAUACGCGUUUGUGUAUAACCUUAACUAUGUGUUUUUUGGGGAUUGAGUUGGACUAGAUUUAGUCGCUCCCAAUCAGACUUCAACAAAGACUCGACUACAUUCAGAAAUAUGUUUAUUCCGGAAACCGACGGCGUGUUCCCGUGAAAUAUUGGCACGGCUGGUGUAUUAUGCAUCGCUAGUUCAUUCUUAUGCUGAUGACAGAUCCGCAUAACGCAGCUUUGUGGAACACCGAAUAGUGGCGAUGUAAGAAUAUAUACUACCCCAUAUCAUCCCGUGGGUGUCGUCAGAAGCGACAGAGGGAUACAAGUCAGGAGAUAGGCUGCAGCAUCUUCCUAAUAAUGGCAAAAAAAACUGGUUGCCACCCCGCUUUCCAAGCGUGACAACUAUGGUAAAUAUCCCCUGUAAGAAGCAAUCUAUGGAUGAGGCCUAUGUUUAGCAGUGGACUUAUAAUAGGCUGUUUCUUAACGGUAACGGUUGUGGAACACCAGUAUUAACAGGCUUGGAGUCGGAAAUGCACCGUCGACUACGACCUUAUUGCUCCGAUCUGAGAGUAAACCGGUAAUCAAAUUGUAUAGUUUCUCGGAAACCUUAUAAGAAGGAAGCUUCGAAAGAAACGCUUUUGUGUCAAGCCCUAUCGACGGCCUUCGCUAUGGCUCGACUGCGCUCAUCGGUGUGUUACGUAAACAAGAAGAUCGCCAGCUGAGCGACCCCGACGGAAACCGUACUGGCUGUCAUUAAUCAGCUGGUGCUCUUCAAGGUACCAAUUGUAUAAGCAGGCAGUUAAUAAUGGAUUCCAUUAUUUUCGAGAAUAAGGAUGUGAAGGCCUGUAGUUGAACGGAUCAGAAUUAUUACCUAUUUUAGACCAAAGCUGUCUUCCAUAAAUUCGAGACCAACGCCUAGGGAAUAGGAGAACCGGAAAGAACCGGUGCCAACUCUGAAGAAGAAGAAGAAGAGUACACGUCUUCGGCACAAUUGGGGGGAUUUCGUCGGCCCACUCGACUUUUGGAUAUCCAAAGAGGGGAGUGUUUUUCGUACUGAGCAUUGUGUGAAUCUCACGCAAAAAAUUGUUGUCAAUUUUUAUCCCGGAUAGGAGAAAUACGAAAUAAUAGCCAGAGAUGACAUCUGAGUCUCGGUUAGAAAGAGCAAGGUCGGCUUCGCCGUCUUCAGAUAGUAGUAGAUGGCGUUUAGGUUCGAGUUAACUUCCCCGAUGUUGCAGAAAUUCUCGGAUAGCGUGGCAAGGGUCUUCUUUGUCCUGUUGCUAAGCUUACCCGGAGCAGUUUUUGUGUUGAACGGAGUUUUGCCCCCUCCUCUACCCAGAACUUAGGGCAGCCUUAGCACCCACACUUAGGAGAAGUAAGGUAGCUUGGGCGUGGAUGCUCAGUGAGGGAUUCUCCAUUACCAGGGGUGCUGGUACCCUUCUGACGAAGUGUCUUAUAUAAUUCCGCUACCAUGUUAAUGGGAGGGGCAAAUUGAGCCUCUGGCCAUCUGCACUUAUCCAGGCUAAACGCAGAAGUUCACAGUUCACGGUACCUCCCCAGUUAAAGCUGGCCUAUCCGUGCAAAAGCAAAAGCUGCCGCGUGGCUGCAUUGGCACCACUGUUACUCUCACAGAUUAUCAACGUAAAACAGGAUUUUAAUGCUGCUGUAUUUCAUAUUAGAGAAACGGAGGCUCUUACUAGUUACGAGGCAUUUCGACGUGGCCCUCAGGGGUGCAUCAUCAUUUUGAUUCUUAAGUGGGGGAUAAUAUUUAUAUUAUUAGAAAUAAGAGUUUUACAUAAAUAAUAUUUUAACAUACUUUUUUUUAUAGGAAACUGUUACAACAGAGUAGAGAGUGAAACAAAAGAAAUACAAGCUAAAAUACAAGAAAAAUUAGGACUCAACCCCAUUGAGAAGGAUGUUAUUGUAUUAUAUGAAGGGGAAAAUGUUCCCGAAAUGCCUAAUGAAUUUUGGGAAGGUAAGAGGAUAAUUGAGAUGAAGAAAGAAAGACCUCAAUGGUUCAGCAAAAAUCUUUUGCAGAAAUCAACUCAGCAACCUUCUAGUUCCAAAGAUGUUAAGCCAACUGAUCUGGCUUAAAUGUUGAAUUAAGUAUGAUAUUGAAUUCUUAGUAUAGUGAAUUAACAUUAAAGUUAUUGAAUAC